CAGACACUUCCCUCCCGGCAUCUGCUGCCUCGCCUCGCCUCCUCGUCAUGAGUCUCCUCCGCUGCUCCUUGCGAGCGGUAGGACCGACUCGCGAUGCCGGUCGAAUCGCAUCCCAGGGCCUCUUGAGACGCUCACCACCGCGUUUCUCCGCAGCCGGUCUCCGCGGCUUCAUCUCGUCGUCCCGCUCCAGCUCCGGCACCGCCGAUUCUCAAUCCGCUCCUGCAUCUCUCCACCGCUCCUAUUUCUCGGCCAAUCGCACCGAGGAUUCUGCAGCAAGCAAGAGCAAUCUGUUGUCCUCCUUCUCGACCAACAAUGCCACCGCUCAACCCGACUCCUCAGUCCGCCAACCAGCAUCGGACCACCACUCGACCUCAUCCUCAUCCUCUUCCCCCGUCUCAAUUACCUCCGAACCCACGUCGCCAGAGCUCCCUCACCGCCGAAGGAAACGAUUGAAGGAUGAAGCUGCAGCAGGCGACCCCGAAGCAGAACAUGUCAUCCCCCCCGACGCCUCCGCACAGCUGUCAGCGAUCUCCUCCGCCCUGCCCACCACGUCCCCGCGCCGCAAGAUGGCGGCCUUUCUCGCUCUCUGCAAACCCCGUCUGUCUGUGCUGGUCGUGCUGAGCACGACCGCAGCCUACGGCAUGUACCCGAUCUCGACUCUCCUCGCCCUGGACCCGUCCAUGGCCCCGCUCCCUACCCUCUCCACCUCCACCCUCACAUUCCUCUACCUGACAGCCGGAACUUUCCUCUCCAGCUGCUGCGCCAACACCAUCAACAUGUACCUUGAACCCAAGUACGAUGCCCUGAUGUCGCGAACCCGCAACCGCCCGCUCGUCCGCGGCCUCGUCUCGCGCCGCGGGGCGGUGCUCUUCGCGAUCGCAACCGCCGUCUCCGGGCUGGGCCUGCUCUACUUCGGCACCAACCCCACGGUAACGGCCCUCUCCGCGGGGAAUAUCAUCCUCUACGGCUUCAUCUAUACCCCUCUCAAGCGCAUCCACGUGAUCAACACCUGGGUCGGUGCCAUCGUUGGCGGUAUUCCGCCACUGAUGGGCUGGGUCGCCGCGGCCGGCCAGACGGCGACGCCGGGCCACGACACCUGGCGCGACAUGCUCUUCAGCGAGGACAGCAUCGGCGGCUGGCUGCUCGGCGGCAUCCUCUUUGCAUGGCAAUUCCCCCACUUCAACGCCCUGUCGCACACCAUCCGCGACGAAUACAAGCGCGCCGGCUACAAGAUGCUGUGCUGGAAGAACCCGGCCAUGAACGCGCGCGUCGCCCUGCGCUACUCCGUCCUCAUGUUCCCCAUCUCCAUCGGCCUGUGGUGGGUCGGCGUCGUCGGCCACGGCUUCCUGGUCAGCAGCUCCCUCGCCAACGCCUGGCUCGUCAAGGAGGCCUACCGCUUCUGGAAGUAUCAGGGCGGCCAGGGUAGCGCGCGCGGUCUCUUCUGGGCCAGCAUCUGGCAGCUACCGGUCUUGCUGGUCGGCGGCCUGGUUACCAAGAAGGGUCUCUGGGACGGCGUGUGGCGACAAGCGUUCGGACAGCCCGAGGACCCAGAGGACGAUGAGGCCGAUUACAUCUAUCUGGACGAGGAAGAGGAGGUCGCUGCUACUGCUGUUGCUUCUGCUUCUGCUCAACCAACGCAUGUCGCUUCUCGAGCUUGAGAUGACCGAUCCUGAGGCUUUGGUAUCUCGUCCAAUUGGCUCAGACUGAGAACCGUGUAAAACAGAAAAUCACAUUAUAGAUGAUCUUGGCAUGGGUUGGGGUUAUAUCCUGAUCUGUCCACUCUUUUUUUUUCGUUGUUGUUUCUACCGAAUGUGAUGUAUUUAGAUUCCCUGUCUUUUUGUCUAUUGGAAUGCGGACGGCGUUAAUGUUUCUGCUCUGUUUUGAGUCUUUGUAUUGUAUAACAACUGCUGCUACUCC